GAGCACCUCCCCAAAAACUUCUGAUGACAAGCGCUAGAUGUUUGCACAUGACGCGCGCACAUAAAGACGACAGAUAAGUGGAGCGGCUUCAGUUUACAGGUACAAGAAAGGGAUGGAUCACAGACCGGCGGAUUUCACACUUUAUGGACGCGCAAAAGCAACAUUUUAGUGCAACCGCAUCCUGGAAUAUUGUUGCAUCCACAUCUCACUCUAUCUCAAUUUGCGCUUUAUCAAUCAAUUUUCUCGCGCACAAACAUGUUUUUGUUGCUAAGGUCAGUUCUUCUUGUUAACGUGUUCUAUGCUCAAUUGGAAAAUGUGAAUUCAAUGCAGAGUCAGUUUUGCGUGCCCGUCAGACUGAAUCAUGUCAAGAACAGUUUAGUCGGUGCAGAAGACAACACGUUGGAGCAAAAGGUUGUAUUUAAAAUAAGUGCAUUUGAACAAGAUUUUGUACUCGAAUUACAGUCGGACACCAGCUUCAUUGCUCCCGGUUUCUCGACGCGCGUCGACCCAACUGCUCAUAAUUCCGCGCAAAGUGAAGAUCUGAGUCGGUGUUUUUAUGCCGGUGAGGUGAAUUCCGAUCCAUAUUCCUAUGCAGCGCUCAGCUUGUGCAAGGGGCUGCAGGGCGCAUUCGGUUACGAUGGCUGGGAAUAUUUCGUCAAGCCGGCUUUUAACGACACUGGCCGGGAUAAUGUGGAUGCGCAUGUCAUUAGACGCAGAUCUAACGCCAAUAUGAGUGGAAACUCAACGUCAAGGUGCGGCGUGGACAGCGAUGUGACCCACACCGUUGCGCAGUCUUUGGCGAAGUUUAAGCACAUGAAGGAACACAUGAGUAACAUCACUAUGUCAGUUCUGAAAAACCGCUCGAAAAGAUUCGUCUCUAUUCCGCGUUAUGUAGAGACAUUAGUGGUGGCCGAUGAAUCUAUGGCCAAAUUCCACGGUGAUGACCUCAAGCAUUACGUGCUGACCUUAAUGUCUGUGGCGGCUAAGCUUUACAAACACCCCACCAUUCUCAACUCUAUCAACAUCGUGGUUGUCAAGUUUAUGGUGAUUAACGAGGAAGAGAAAGGACCCAAGGUUUCCGGGAACGCGGCGAUGACCCUGCGUAAUUUCUGCACCUGGCAGAAGAAGCUGAACAAAAACAAUGACAAGCAUGAGGAGUAUUGGGAUACGGCAAUCCUAUUCACAAAACAGGACCUGUGUGGAGCUUCAACAUGUGACACACUGGGUAUGGCAGAUGUUGGUACCAUGUGUGAUCCCAAGAGAAGUUGUUCUGUGAUUGAAGAUGAUGGGUUGCCAUCUGCCUUCACUACUGCCCAUGAGCUUGGACAUGUAUUCAAUAUGCCACAUGAUAAUGUUAAGGCAUGUGAGGAGGUUUUUGGCAAGCUGCAGGACAAUCACAUGAUGUCUCCCACUCUGAUCCGAAUCAACCGUACCAGUCCUUGGUCCCCAUGCAGUGCUGCCAUUAUCACCGACUACCUGGACAGUGGACACGGUGAUUGUCUGCUGGAUCAACCUCAGAAACCAUUAGCUCUUCCAGACGUGCUUCCUGGUGCAUCGUAUGGUUUAGAGCGGCAGUGUGAGCUUGCCUUCGGUGCCGGCUCAAAGCCGUGCCCAUUCAUGCAGGCACCAUGUCAGCGCUUAUGGUGCACAGGGAAGACCCGUGGGCAACUGGUGUGCCAAACAAGACACUUUCCGUGGGCAGAUGGAACCAGCUGCGGGGACGGACAGCUCUGCAUGCGGGGCACAUGCAUGGAGAAACAGGAGAUAACUAAAACUAAGGUGGAUGGCAGAUGGGGUAAAUGGGGGCCAUUUGGUACCUGCUCCAGAACUUGUGGAGGUGGUGUGCAGCUGUCUAAGAGAGAGUGUGACAACCCUGUGCCAGAGAACGGAGGCAAAUACUGUCAGGGAGUGAGGGUCAAAUACCGGUCCUGCAACCUUUCCCCAUGCACUGACACAGGCAAGAGCUAUCGUGAGGAGCAGUGUGAAGCUUACAAUGGGUUUAGUCUGAACACUAACCGGCUCACCCCUUCAGUGGUGUGGGUGCCCAAAUAUUCUGGUGUGUCGGCCAAAGAUAUGUGCAAGCUGAUCUGCAGGGCAAAUGGAACAGGAUACUUCUAUGUUCUUGCACCAAAGGUUGUUGAUGGUACACCAUGUUCUCCUGACUCGUCAUCAGUCUGUGUCCAAGGCAAAUGCAUCAAGGCAGGCUGUGAUGGAAAACUGGGAUCUAACAAAAAGUUUGACAAGUGUGGUGUCUGUGGAGGAGAUAACAAGAACUGCAAGAAGGUCUCAGGCCUUUUCACCAAGCCCAUGCAUGGUUACAAUUUUGUGGUCAUGCUUCCCAUGGGAGCCUCCAACGUCGACAUCAGGCAGCGUGGCUACAAGGGCAUCAUGAGUGAUGACAACUAUCUUGCUGUCAAGAACAACCAGGGCAAGUACCUGCUGAAUGGAAACUAUGUGGUUUCAGCCAUGGAGAAGGAUAUUCUGGUGAAAGGGAGUCUGCUCCGCUACAGUGGAACGGUUGGAUCCUCAGAGACUCUACAGGCUGUGAAACCUCUGGGUGAAGCCCUGAUAAUUGAAGUGCUGUCUGUGGGCCAGAUGACACCUCCACGCAUACGCUAUUCUUUCUUCUUGCCACGGGAGAGCAAAGAUAACAAGGUGCAAAAGAAAGAAGAAAAGGCACGUGCUGAAAACAAUGUUCUUAGGGAAGAUGGAGGCAUCAGUAAAGGUGAAAAGGAGGCAGAUCUUCUCAAGGACAAAAUCUCACCUAUGUACAUCAAAGAUAUCGCACCAAAACCAGGGAAGUGGGUGGCGGCAGGGUGGGAUGUUUGCUCAGUUACUUGCGGUAAUGGACUCCAGAGGAGGAUGGUGCAAUGUCUUGGGGUAGAUGGUGGGCCUGGGGUGGACUGUGACCCUAACCAAAAGCCAAGUGCUAUUUGGGCAUGUGGAGACCCUUGCCCUAUGUGGGAGGUGGGCGACUGGUCCCCCUGCUCCAAGACUUGUGGGAAGGGUUUCAAACGGCGCCUGCUUCACUGCGUUACAAAAGUGGGAACAUUGCUUUCCAGGGAGAAGUGUGCAGACAAGAAGAAGCCACAGGAGCUGGACUUCUGUUCAUUAGCCCCUUGUAAAUAAUCAGUAUCUCCCUUUAUUAUUGCUCUACAUGGACCUUCUAUUUUUGUCGAAUUGCAUAUUCAAAAGAGAAAAGAACAAAGAAAAAAGACUAUGUUCUGGAUCAUAGUUUAUAUUUUCUCAUCUGCCUGACAAAGGGACAAAAAAUGACAACAAAAAAAUGACAAAAGACAGACAUCUGAGGUCAUGAGAUAAACAGGUUUGAACACAAAUGCAAAUAGUACUCUACCUCCAAUUGUAACAAUUAUUAAAUAAUUCAUCACCUGUAAAUCAUCCAGAUGAGAUCAAAUUCAUAAUCAUGAAUAGCAUUAUAGCCCGAUGUCAUUACAAUUCAUAGGUAUUCGUACAUAAUGUCUUCAUAUAUAUUUUUGUUUGUUUGAAUAAAUGCCAUAGACGUAUUGACAGCAUCUAAAACAAAAGUAUGUAACUGUGAAUUUAAAACAACAAUAUUUAUGAAUUCUUUAUUAUUUGUUAUAUUAUAAAUAUAUUUGUAUAGUUACCUAAUCCCACCUCUAUCCUGAAGCUAACCACUUCUCAACAAUAUAUAUAAAAAUUUUAUAAAAAUAGGCAGAUAAAUGUAAAUUAUUUAAAAUUAAGUAAAAGCAAUAAAAUGCGAUGACACUGAACAUAUUAUUGUCAUUGAUUAAAUGCAGUACAAUUAACAUAUUACAUCAGUUCAAUAUUCCAUAAACCUAAACUAUUUUUUAAACAUUUGUAUGCCUAUACAUCAUUCACAUGUAAAAUGCUUACAUUUGAGAUGCUGUUAACAUGUCAGUAAUGUAAGUGUCUAUGCAGACAUGAAAAUAAUGUGAUAGAACCACACUUUAAACGAAUACCUGUGAUUACUAAUGAGAUGACAUUGGGCAUUGCAAUGUGAGGCCAAUACAACAGUGUCGUUUUAAAGCCUAAUCUGCACA